UGCAGCCCGAGGUGGCAAAGAGGUGGAGGGAGGACUGCGGGCAGAGGCUCCGGUUGUUCUACCUCAGUUCGCCUCAUCCUUGGGCCGCCCGAGCCCUGUCCAAGGGAAAGGAACCAGGAGUUAGGACUGGACACUCGGGAUUGUGGGAUUAGUGAUAUGCUUUCCUAAACAACAGAAAAGUUGAAGAUGUCUAAACACUUAGUGGCUUUGACAGUGACCACCCUUCUUGGUAUGGCAGUCGGGGGGUUUGUCCUGUGGAAAGGCAUCCAGCGUCGGAGGAGUAAAGCAAGUCGUGUGACCCAGCAGCAGCUGUCACAGCAGCAGCCGAAAGUGCCAGGCAGGAGAGAGCGGCCCACUCCAGCAGAGGACCAGCAGCACUCCAGUGCCCCCAGAGCCUCGUGGGAAGAGAGGAUCCUUAGAGCAAAGGUGGCGACUGUGUCUCAGGAGGCGGAGUGGGAUCAAAUUGAGCCCUUGCUUAGGAGUGAGUUAGAAGAUUUUCCAGUGCUUGGAAUCGACUGUGAGUGGGUGAAUUCGGAAGGCAAAGCCAGUCCUCUGUCACUCCUUCAAAUGGCCUGUCCAAGUGGCUUCUGUGCCUUGGUUCGCUUGCCCAAGCUGAUCUGUGGAGGAAGGGCACUACCGAAAACGUUACUGGACGUUUUGGCAGAUGGCACGAUUUUAAAAGUUGGAGUAGGAUGUUCAGAAGAUGCCAGCAAGCUUCUGCAAGAUUAUGGCCUCGUCGUUAAGGGGUGCCUGGACCUCAGAUACCUAGCCAUGAGGCAGAGAAACAAUUUGCUCUCUAAUGGGCUUAGCCUGAAAUCACUCGCUGAGACUGUUUUGAACUUUCCCCUUGACAAGUCCCUUCUGCUUCGUUGCAGCAACUGGGAUGCUGAGAAUCUUACUGAGGACCAGGUAAUUUAUGCUGCCAGGGAUGCCCAGAUUUCAGUGGCUCUCUUUCUCCAUCUUCUUGGAUACCCUUUCUCUAGGAAUUCAACUCUAGAAGAAAAUGAUGACUUCAUUGGCUGGAGAAAAGUCUUGGAGAAAUGUCAGGAUGUGGUAGAUAUCCCAUUCCGAAGCAAAGGAAUUAGCAGAUUGGGAGAGGAGGUUAAUGGGGAAGCAACAGAAUCUCAGCAGAAGCCAAGAAAUAAGAAGUCGAAGACCGAUGGAAUGAUGCCAGGCAACCACCAAGGGAGAGACCCCAGAAAACAUAAAAGAAAGCCCCUUGGAGUGGGCUAUUCUGCCAGAAAAUCACCCCUCUAUGAUAACUGCUUUCUCCACGCCCCUGACGGACAGCCCCUCUGCACUUGUGAUCGAAGAAAAGCUCAGUGGUACCUGGACAAAGGCAUUGGAGAGCUGGUGAGUGAAGAGCCUUUUGUGGUCAAGCUACAGUUUGAACCUGCAGGGAGACCUGAAUCCCCGGGAGACUACUACUUGAUGGUUAAAGAAAACCUGUGUGUAGUGUGUGGCAAGAAAGACUCAUACAUUCGGAAGAACGUGAUUCCGCAUGAGUACCGGAAGCACUUUCCCAUCGAGAUGAAGGACCACAACUCCCACGAUGUGCUGCUGCUCUGCACCUCCUGCCACGCCAUCUCCAACUACUAUGACAACCACUUGAAGCAGCAGCUGGCCAGGGAGUUCCAGGCCCCCACUGGCUCCGAGGAGGGCUUGCGCCUGCUGGAAGAUCCUGAGCGCCGGCAGGUGCGUUCUGGGGCCAGGGCCCUGCUCAACGCAGAGGGUCUGCCUGCGCACCGAAAGGAGGAGCUGCUGCAGGCGCUCAGAGAGUUUUAUCACACAGACACGAUCACGGAGGAGAUGCUUCAGGAGGCUGCCAGCCUGGAGACCAGGAUCUCCAAUGAAAACUACAUUCCGCACGGGCUGAAGGUGGUUCAGCGCCACACCCAGGGCGGGCUGCGCUCCCUCAUGCAGCUGGAGAGCCGCUGGCGGCAGCACUUCCUGGACUCCAUGCAGCCCAAGCACCUGCCCCAGCAGUGGUCGGUGGACCACAACCACCAGAAGCUGCUCCGGAAAUACGGGGAGGACCUUCUCAUCAAGCUGUCGUGAUGGCUGCUUCCCUUCCACGUUGGGACAGCUGGGAAGCUGGAGCCAGGGGUGAAAAUGUCACCUCUUCCUGUUUUAAUGUCAUUGUCAAAGCCUGGUGACACAACUCACAAUACUAACCUGUACUGAUCCCAGGAUGCUUCUGGUGGAGCAAGGCUGUUGUUUUCAGGGGGAGCUUAUGGUCUUGAGUUUUAGUUGGGCAGGGUGAGCGUUCUUUACUCCACCCUCUUAUUUUAUUUUUCUGGACAAAUGGGAGGCUUGGCCUUCAUUUUACUCUCCCUCUUCUGCUUUCCCUGUGCAGGCGACAAAUGAAGGAUUCUCCCUGAAGUGUCUUGUCAAGACACUCAGGUUUUUAAUGCUUUUUCUCCCUGUCCAGCAUGUUGGUUCAUCUCAAACAGGAGCUGUCAAGUAUUUCAAGCCCAUCAGGUGAGGAGGGGAAAAGACGUUCUUCUAGAGGUUGGAGAGGCGAAAAGGGGUCGGAUUCCUAUUCCCAGUUCAACCUCAUAAUUAGAAAUUCUUUGGCCUGGUGCUGUGCGGUAACUCACCUGGUUGGGAUCCAGCCCAUCUGGGUUGCUUCGGUUUAUUUCACAUGCUCGAAAAUGCUCCCGUUUACACAUUCAGGACCAAAGGAGCAACUUCCUGCCAUACGUUUUCACCCUAACGCUGGAGGGAAUUCUUUUCUGGAAAGAGGCCUUCAGCCUGGGUGGGGCACAGAGAAGCACAAGAACCAUCUCCCAAGAGAACUUGGAUAAUUUGCUCAGCUUUCCCUUUCGCUGUUUCUUGCAAGCCUCCUGCCCAGAACGGCAGGGUUUUUAGCUUAAUCCCUUUCUGAGAGGAAGGUUAUCUUUUCUCAGAAUCAGUAUCUGGUCCCUUCAGUGUUCCAUCAGGUUUGCAAUACUGACCUCUUUUAAGCUCUUAAUUCUCUCCCAGCGUCAUUUGGUUAGGUUGAGAGGAUUUCUCCAUCUCCCUUCAUGCCUGGGACGCCAAGACUAAUCAAUAUGUUUCGAUGUUCAAAACGGUGGUGUUUCAUCUUUCCAAACGUGAGGCCACCACUUGGAGUACGGAAUCAACUUAUUAGCGGUUAGUAUUUUUAUGAAGUAUUAGGAAAACUUUCUUACCUUACAAGAUCUUAACAAGCUUAAAAAAGAGCUUUAUGGCCAGAAUUCAACAAGAGCUCUGUUCUUCCGGAAUUGUGCCCGAGUUGGUGAUGGUUGCUCUAACACUGGUAAAUGAAACAACUAAGCACAAAGUUCAUUGAUUGUAAAUGUAAAACCUUUUGCUUCAUAAUUUUAUAAAAUCGGCAAAUACUCUUGGGGAAGGAGAUCUUUAUGCUAUAGGUCCCUGCCGUGUGGCAGCCCAUGAUAUGUGUGCAGGUGUCGUCGUGUGUCUCCGCCAACAGCUUUGGCCUGUCGACAGCGGCCCACGACACAUGCACACCCUGCAGUUUGUUCCUCUGCCCUUUCAUCCCCACUCAUCCUCGAAUAGGUGUCUCUGGGAUCUAAACUAGAAAGUCUUGAAGACAAAUAGUACCAGCUGCCUUGGGGACCGUUUGUUCAACACACUAAGGUUAUUAGGGGGCAGGUUCCUCGGGGGCUGUUACUGCCCACAGCCCGGGGCGGAGAACCGUGGAGAUGGAUAAGUGGUUGUCGUAGUCAGGCUUGCCACAAGGGGGCGUCGUAGAUCUUGCUUUAUAUUCAUUCUUGAGAAAUAAGGGGCAUUGAUAACACGGGUCCUAAACAUAACUCAUUAAAUAAAUUUAAAAAAAAACAUAACUCAUGAGUUAUGUUUCAGAUUGUGUCUAUCUCAGUUUGAGUCAUUUUGACAGCUUUACAAGAAAAACGUCUUCCUCCGAAACAAGAGAGUAGGGCUCUUCCUUUCUCUUUCCCUGUGAUCCUCAUACAGAGAGGUGAGGACCACGUUAGGAGGUCGUUUAAGAUGCUGUGGUUGCUGCGGAAGGAGGAAUGGUUUCUCCAGUAGAGCUCCCUGCAAAGCUUAGUAAUGUAGAGCCAGCAGCCACGGUAGAGGAAACAUCUAGACUGUGGCACCCUCGAUUUCGUAUCCUUUUCAGAGCAGUUACUGUGUAGGUUUGAAUCUUUUUGUUUUCUGAGUCAGCCUUGGACGCCUUUCUCUAAGACUGACAAUUGCUAUCUCUAGUGAGUUAUUUUAGGGCGGGCAUAUUUUAACAUAAAAUUUUUUUCUGAUACAAAAGUAAUGUGUAUGCUUGUUAGAGACGAAUCUAAAGAAAGAAUGAAAAUCCGUCUUCCCUCCAUGUAGCACAGAGCUAAUCUCUGCUGGUAUGUUUAUGAAUUUCCUUUCAGUAUUGAAAAAUGCAUAUAACAUGUAAGGUGUUUAAACAAACUUGAGAGUCAUAUGUACAGCUUGGUAUACAAUUUUCUUUCCUCAUUUAACAUGGUAUCACAAGUAAUUUCUUGUGUCUUUAAAUCUUGGAAAGUAGAUUUGCAGUAACUCUACCUUGCUUUAUUAUCCAUU